AUGUACAAUAAUAAAGAUAAUAAUACAAAUGUUGCGUCGGUUAAACCGGUUAUUUAUUAUAACAAAAGAUUUCAUUAUGUAGAAGAAGAUACUGCUGGCAACAAAAAUGAUUUUGUCGAAGCUAUUACUAAUUUAGCAGGACCAGCUAGUGCUGUAGCAUUCCUUAAUGAUUUUGAAAGAACCUAUCCAAGGCACUCCGACCAUAGAAUAGAACUUAGAGUUAACUCACCUAUUGAACAAUCAAAUUCUGAUAGAUUAAAAAUAAAAAUAAAAUUCAGUAACAUAUCUCAUAUGAAUUUAAUGGAAGCAUUUCGAACCUCACCAAUCAUUGAAAAACUUACUGAAAAUGGAUUCGCUGAUUGGGUUCCAUUAGAUAGCUCAAGUUACGAAUGUAUCAUGCAAAUGCAAAAAGCACCAACUUAUGAUAAUAAAAUGGCAAAAACUGAAGAUUGGAAUUAUUCUAUUUUACGUACUCUAAGUGAUCCUAUUGAUUCAGUAUUGUUGGAUGUAGCAUUAGAUAAUUUAAUGGGAGAUUUAGAAAUUGGUUCAUUUGAAAAAUUGAUCCCUGGGCCAGUCAUGGAUGUUGAACGGGGUGUAAAUGGUGUUGUUAUGACUGUAUUGCAAACUAAAGAAAAAUACUCUUUUGAUGAAGAUGUGGGCAAGAUAUUUAUUGAAGUAUUGAACUCUUUGAUUCAUGAUAGAAGUGUUGAAAAAAAUUUUGAUAAGACUCUAACAGAUCUCGAAAAAGCCCUUAUUGAUAUAGGGUUUGAUAAAUUUGAAGAUCGACUUCAAGAACUUACCAUGAUGGUACGCGAGAUAGAUCGUAAUUUAGAAUGUGCAUGUAAAAAUUUACAAAAUGAUAUAGAAAAAUGGAAGAAACGUAAAAACAUGGCAAAUUUCUCUUAUAUUUUAUCAAUCCUUAUAGCUAUAGCAUUUCCUUCAAUAUAUCAUUAUUACCGACAAACUGAUAAUGUUCCUUUUGGAUUUGUAACGACAGUAGUUGGUUGUGUUAUAAGUCUAUUAUUUGCACUUUGGCAUGGCUGGUCACGUAACAGUUAUAGCCGAGCAAUACAUUCCCAUCGAAAAGCAAUACCAGUUCACGCAGCAGUGGGAGAAAGCAUAGAAUCAUUACAAAGAUGGUUGAAUAGAAUUUCUGUUGUGAAAAAAUGCAAAGUACCAAUGAAUAAUAAUGAAUUGGCAAGUAGAAAAGCUACUUUGGCUUAUUUGUUUGAUGAACUAGUAUCUGCUGCUGCAGAUAUGAGAUUGAGUAUUGGAUUAGAAGAUGAGUUCAAAAGGCAUAGAUAG